AUGAAUGAGUGGGCGGACAGAAGGAGAGGGGCCCUGACCUUCAGGGUAACGCAGGUGGUGUCUGGACAUGGCUGUUUCGGACACUACCUGCAUAGAAUUAAGAGGGAGCCGGGGCCUCAGUGCCACGAAUGUGGCGCGGUGGACGACACGGCCCAGCAUACACUGGAAGAUUGCAAUCGCUGGGUCGAGGAAAGAGCUGCCCUCAGGCUGGUAACAGGGGUGGUGGACCUCUCGCUGCACAGCAUCAUAGCGACGAUGCUAGGCAGCGAGAGAAAGUGGGACGCGGUGGCCUCCUGCUGCGAACAAGUCAUGUCACAGAAGGAGGAGGCGGAGAGGGAGCGUGAGGCUGAUCCGGAUGCGCUGCCUCUCCGACGCAGGCGGCGGGGUCGAAAGCGAAGAGCAUAUGUUCGCCUCGAUCCCUAA